UCUGGUUGCGCAGCAGAAACUGGCAAGAAUGAAACUUAAUAAGACGUACCCAGAAAAUAUCAGUGUGCUAAGUUUUGAUGCUGAUUCUUCUGGUUCACUUUCCAUGAUAUCAAACAACAGCAAGAAAGAUUGCUGGGAUUGCAGUCAGAGUGACGCAUCUUAUUGCUGGUGUUCCAAGCAGUGCUACUGGAUCUCUGUUGUUGUGAUGCUGUUACUGGGAGUUACUGUUGCUGCUCUGGCAUGUGCUAUAAUCUUUGGCAUCCCGAAAAAUAUUCCAGACAGAGUUUGUAUAACUGCAAACAAUCAGUCAGGAUUCCAGUGUGAUGACCAUGUCACCUGUUUGCAAUCAUCUCAAGUUUGCCACAGGAUCGAGGAUUGUUUGGAGAGUGCUCAUGAAUCUGCAAUGUGCAGUAGGUAUUGUUAUGAUAGAUUUUCCUCUUGCAUUUAAUUUCCUUUUUAACUGACUUUAAGCUGAUGCCCCACUCUUUCACUAGGUGAUGUGCCACACAAUCUACCAAGCUAUCUUGUGUUUACAUGUGGCAAUCCUAAUUCAUGGAUUUAUACUGAUCAAGUGUGUAAUGGAUUUAACAACUGUGGAGAUUGCUCGGAUGAAUCGGGACCACGUGAGCAUUAAUCCUUAGAAUCUAAAUUCAAAUACAGACUUUUUCAUUGCUUUAUCCAACCUAGGGUUUUUAAAAGUGCUUUGAGAUUGUUGCAAAAUUGUGAAAGUGGUUAUACAAUAUUUCUGGCACAUUAAAAUCUCCCUUUAUCACCAGUUCCACACAGUUGGAAAGGGACAACAUCUGCAGAUAUCAUGAUCUGCUGUUUGAGGUCACUGCACUUUUGCUGGGGAAGGUAUAUGUAGAAUAUGACAAUAAGAUCCUUAGUUAGAUUGAGUAACUGAACCUACUAGCAGCUACAGAAUAUAUUUGCUUCUGCUCGUCGUGCCCUUGGGGUGCUGCAUCUAGAGCUGCUAGUUGGUUGUCAGUCUGGAAUGUGUGGAGAAAGCAUAGUUGUCUCAACUACAGUCCAAUACAGAAAAGAAGCCAUGUAUUUGGGGUGGGAUUCGGGAAGACAAGGAGAAGAACUUGUUCCUUUUUUUUAAUGGGGUAUCUAAUCAUGCUUGUCCAAGCCAUACAAUAUCCAAUCAGAAGUAUUCAAUACUGUAUUAGUUCUCAAACAUAACAUCUUUUUCUACACCCUAAAUGUCACAUGACUAUCUGCAUUAUAUUUUCUAUAUUAAGUAAAAUUUAAAAUAUGGAUGAUGUCAAACUAUUACUACGUUGGAUCUAAUUUUAAUUUCAGUGUCCAACUGUCUUCCAUGUGGGCCAAAGUACUGGAGCUGCAAGUCUGUUAUUUCUCAGUACUGUGACUGCAUUCCGAGAGAGCUGUGCAGAGAUAAUGUACAACACUGUGUGGA